AUGGGUAAUAAACAAACGAUAUUUACCGACGAGCAGCUUGAUGCUUAUCAGGAUUGCACGUUUUUUACUCGGAAAGAAAUUCUGCGGCUGCAUGGCAGAUACCAUGAGCUGGCUCCACAUCUUGUACCAAUGGACUACACCAAUGAACCUGAUUGUAAAAUCCCAUUAGCCUUAAUAGUCAACAUGCCAGAAUUAAAGGAAAAUCCAUUCCGCAACAGGAUCGUGGAGUCAUUCUCAGAGGACGGGAUGGGAAAUCUUAGCUUCAAUGAGUUUGUGGACAUGUUUUCAGUCCUGAGUGAAAUGGCUCCUAGAGAACUCAAGGCCAUAUACGCCUUUAAAAUAUACGAUUUCAAUGUGGAUAAUUACCUGUGCAAAGAGGACCUGGAAAAGACUCUGAAUAAGCUGACAAAGGAGGAGCUGACUCCUGAAGAAGUUGAGCUGGUGUGUGAGAAAACCAUUGAGGAGGCAGAUUUGGACGGAGACCACAAACUUUCUUUUGCUGACUUUGAAAAUAUGAUAUCAAGGGCCCCGGAUUUUUUAAGUACCUUUCAUAUAAGAAUCUGA